AUGGGCAGCAUGCGCAGGCCAGAGAACAUUGUGGCGUUCAUGGAGAAACGGGCAGAGAUCAGAAACAACCCGGACACACCCUUGGCAGCAGCCUUUGGGGGUGAUGCCGAGCAGCAGGAGGUGUACGAUUGUUUGCGUUGGUGUGCGGCCCUGGCCCACGAAAGCAAAAGCAAAGCUCCGUUCGGGGAAAGCCACAUCCACCGCAUUGUUACCAGAAACCUGAGGUGCCUGUUUUUGCACUCUAGGAGCGCGGAGGCGCCUGUGGCUGAUGCUGCGAAUGUUCUGCUUUGGAGAUGCGCUGAAGAAGGCCUGCCUUUUGUGCGAGCAGACGUUGCAGAGGCAACGCUGGGCCGGCUGGAAGAAAUAUUCUCACUGUCGAGCCACUCGGAUGAGAGAAGGUGGUGCAUCCACCGACUUGUGAAGUCAUUGCAGUCGCUGAGCGAGCAGCAGUGCCAGCAGCUGAUGGACCUUCUGGUCAGAAUUCUCAGGGAGAAUCCGGACGCUCGCAGACACACAGUUCUUUGGGGAUUGCAGAGGCUCUGGGAGGCUGAUGAUGAUCCGAGGAGGACUUACUCAAGAGCCCACCGCAUACUUCGAAUUAUAGCCCAAACUGAAGAUCCAGAGCUGCAGACGGGGCUUCAAUUUCUACAGUAUUUCAGGCCGCCUGUGGAGGCGGCGCUGCGAGCACGGCAAAACAGAGAGUGGAGGAAGUGGAGGUGGUACCAACAACAGGCCCAACAACACUGGGGAGAUCGACUAUGGUGA